AUGGAAAUGGAAAUGGAGGAUCAAAAAGGAAUGGUGGAAACAAUUGUGAAGUUCACUUGGACCAUCAACAACUUCCUUGCUCAGAGAUAUCAGGAUAUUCACUCCGAGUCUGAGACAUUCUUCGCUGGCUCUCAUACCUGGAGGAUAGAUUUUUGUCCAGACGACUAUGAUGAUGAUGUCGUUGAAAUUUGUUUGCUUGUUGGGAAUUCUAAUACUAACUGGAACCAAUAUGCAAGUUUAAAGUUGUCUUUGAUUAAUCAGGCUGAUGACAAAAUGACAAAAACAGAUAGUUUGUUUGAGGAUUUCCACGAACGUCGUUUACCGAUGAUAUUAAUGGACACAGACGAAUUUUGUGACCGCAAAAGUGGGUUUCUUGUAAACGAUACAUGCAUAAUUGUUGCCGAAGUUUCUCUCAACACCAAUGCCUCAUGUAUUAAAGAGUUAAUAGAUUUCAAGGGUGUAGCAAAAAUUGAAAAAGAUUACGUUGAAUUGCUAGAGAAAGCAUGUUUAAAGCACCCUUCACUUAUUGAAAGCCUUCUAAAAAGAAAUAGGAGUCAAAGAUUCAUUGAACAGGGAUUCACAGCUUUAGGAAGAGUGCUUCAUUUUCUCAAGACUAAGAAAGUUAAGGAUAUGUUGAAUGAUGAUGCUGCUUGUAAAGAGCUUCAAGGUUUAUGGGAUGAAGUUGAGACAGUUAGAUUUGAUGAUUUGACAUGGCUGGAGCCUCAUGUUAAAUCUGCACUGAGUAUGAAAGUUUAUAUGGUGAAAGAACAGAUGGUGACAAAGCUGAAAGGAAAUGUGGUUGAUCUUGAAGACAGGGUUAAGAGCGCAAAAAGGGAAUUGAAAAUUGCUGAAAAAGACUUCGAUAAGAGAGAUUUGAAUGAUGCAUUAGCUCAUGGAAUAUCCUAUCUGUAA